AUGUUUAUGGCAAGAUCUGAAUACGACCGAGGAAUCAAUACCUUCUCCCCGGAAGGUCGCCUCUUCCAAGUCGAAUACUCUCUUGAGGCCAUCAAGCUCGGUUCCACGGCCAUCGGUGUCGCCACCUCGGAGGGCGUCGUUCUCGGCGUCGAGAAGCGCGUCACUUCGACCCUGCUCGAAACCUCGUCCGUCGAGAAGAUUGUCGAGAUCGACCGCCACAUCGGCUGCGCCAUGUCCGGCCUCCAGGCCGACGCCCGCUCCAUGGUCGAGCACGCCCGAGUCGAGUCCCAAUCCCACUCCUUCAACUACAACGAGCCCCUCCGCGUUGAGUCGUGCACCCAGGCCAUCUGCGACCUUGCCCUGCGCUUCGGCGAGGGUGCCGAGGGCGAGGAGACCAUCAUGUCCCGACCUUUUGGCGUCGCUCUCCUGAUCGCCGGAUACGACGAGGACGGCCCCCAGCUCUUCCACGCCGAGCCAAGUGGCACCUUUUACCGGUACGACGCCAAGGCCAUUGGUUCCGGUUCGGAGGGCGCGCAGGCCGAGCUGCAGAACGAGUACCACAAGUCACUGUCAAUCACGGACGCCGAGACGCUGGUGCUCAAGACGCUGAAGCAGGUGAUGGAGGAGAAGCUCGACUCGAAAAACGUCCAGCUGGCGAGCGUAACGAAGGAAAAGGGCUUCAGAAUAUACACGGACGAAGAGAUGGCCGCCGUGGUGGAGAGGCUCCCUGCGAACUAG